ACGAUCUUUCGCAUGUUUUAGUUUGCAUACCUUUGUAGCCCACUAUUUGGUGACAUUAUGGGCGUCCAUGAGCUGUGGUCCAUUCUGGAGCCGGUCCGAAAGUCAGUGCCUUUGUACAGUUUGAGCGGAAAGACGCUUGCAGUGGAUCUGAGUCUCUGGGUGUGUGAAGCUCAGCAUGUCCAGGCUAUGAUGGGAAGGGUCACUAAACCACAUCUGAGAAACCUGUUCUUUAGAGUGUCAUCUCUUACUCUCAUGGGGAUAAAGCUGAUUUUUGUCAUGGAAGGAGAGGCUCCAAAACUUAAAGCAGAGACCAUGUAUAAAAGGAAUCAAGGCAGAUUUGGAACAAAAGCGGCAGCAGCUCCAAAGAGCAUGGCUAACACCAACAGAGGGCGUUUCAAAGCCAUACUAAGAGAGUGUGCAGAAAUGUUGGAUUGCAUGGGUGUGCCGUGGGUGACAGCGGCUGGUGAGGCAGAAGCCAUGUGUGCCUACCUAGACUCUCAGGGCCUGGUUGAUGGCUGCAUCACAAAUGAUGGAGAUGCUUUUCUGUAUGGAGCCAGGACAGUUUACAGGAACUUCAACAUGAACACAAAAGACCCUCAAUUGGACUGUUACCAGACAUCUGAUGUGGAAAGAGACCUGCAUCUCUCUCGAGAAAAUCUUGUUGGCCUGGCAAUUUUUCUUGGAUGCGAUUAUAUUCCCAAUGGGAUACAAGGAGUUGGCAAAGAGCAAGCUUUAAGGUUGAUCCAUAAACUGGAGGGGCAAACUAUUCUACAGCAGUUUAAUAAAUGGAAGGAGGAUAACACAUUUAUUCCAGAAUCAGCUGUGAAGAAAGUCCCUCACUGCAAUGUAUGCCGACAUCCUGGCUCAGCAAAGGCACAUGAGAAAAGUGGAUGCUUGCUCUGUGAUCCAGCAAAGAUUUUGUGAACCCCAGGACUUGACUACCAGUGUCCAUGUGACUGGCAUCACAAGGAACAAAGUCGCCAAGCUAUAUCAUUAGAGACAAACAUCAGAAAAAAAACCAUUGCAAAUCCCUUUUUUCCAUUUACAAAGAUUAUUAAUGAGUUUCUAAUAGCAAAAGACAAGCCUGUAUCCCAUUUUAAAAGGAGGCUACCUAAUAUGCUUCUGAUUAGAAAUUUGGCAUACAAUAAAAUGGAAUGGCCAAAAACUACACAAGUGAAAAACUUCUUGUCUUGAUGGACAUACACAAACUUGAUAAAUAGAAAACAUGGAAGAGAUGUCUCCAUGCAAGUCAAGCCACUUCGAAUAUUAAAGCCACGUGUGAGACAUGGAGUGUCGUGCUUUGAAGUUGUUUGGACAAAAACCAGGUCACAUUAUGCAUUUCCCGAAGACCCAGCACCUGAGAAUCAAGAUGAAGUCAGGACUGUAGAGGAAGAAUCUCUUUUUCGAGUGGCCUAUCCAGAAGUGGUGGCGAGCUUCCUGAGAGAGAAAGCCAUAGCGGAGGAGAACAAGAACAAGAAGAAGAAGACAAAAAGUACAAAAGAGAAGGCUGUUGUUGAAUCAGAUGGUAUUUCUGACCUCAUGGCUCAAAUGUCUCUCCAGAGUUCAUCCACAGAUGUUCAGUCAAAACCUGCAAUGCUACCUGUUUCUAUUUGUACUCUAGAUGAACUAGACAAAGUUGUUUUGGACACUCCAGUAAGCCAUAAAAGGCAAGUAAAUGAUGGCUGUCCAGGUUCUCCCGCAUCACCGCCAGAGUCCAAAGAGGCAGCUUCUUUGUCUGUUUCUGCUGUAAUAAGUGCUCUUCAUCUAAGUGAUAUUGACUGGGAUACAGUAUCAUUCACAUCGUCUCCCCUUCCUCCUGCAACUACCAGCAUCACCAUACAACCAAAGAUUGUUCAACGCCUGCACGUUGAUGUAAAUGAAACUGGAACAUGCGAUCUACAGACAAAAAAUCUCAAAGCUCCAACCUCCAUUUCGGUUUCUGAGCUGUGUGAGGAGCAACCUUUGCGAGAUCGAAUAAUCAUGAAGAAUAUAGCCAGUAAAAUCAACAGAAACAGCAUUAUUGCAGAACAAGAAAGUAAAAAUAUAACUUUAGAUGAUAAACAUCGCCAUGCAGAAAGCAAAAUGUUAGAAAAGACAAGACUGACGAAAAACCUGUGUGUACCGUUUAUGACACAACAUGAAUUACAUAAGUCAAAACAACCAAUGAAGCCUCUAGCACUUGACCCAGUUCCCAUACAGCCCGAGAACACAUGCAAAGUCCCUCAGAAGCCCCCACAGAAAUUCAAAUUUGUCAAAACCAUUGUUGCUUCAUCACUUUUGCCACAAAAAUUCUAUUCUGACUCUGUACAUAGUGGCAAAGUCAAAAUCAAAACCUUGACGAAAAAGAGUGUGUGUGUGAGUGGUGGAUUGUCUAGUGACAGUGACUCUGAAAACCAGCGAACUGUACCAGAGACAAAAUCUAAAACCAAGAUCAAGGCCAAACAGAGUCAUCAGUCGGACAUUCUUUCAAGACCUGUGUCCAAAGCAGUUAGACCAAAAGUGCAGAUAAAAAGUCACAAAUUAAGAAGCCAUAGUUUGGAAGUUGGCACAGUUACAACAACCAGAUUCUAUACAGAAAACAAAUACAAAGAUACUUUCAAUUCUAUUAUUGAUGAUGUGUUCAGUCCGUGUCCAUCUUCACCUGCGGCAGACUUGGAGAGUGAUGAUUCUGUAAUAUGUAAUGACAGCCCUUUACCUUUGGCUGAAAGACUGAAACUAAAAUUUCAGAAGUAAGCACCAUUUUUCUGCUUAAAAAACAAUUUACAUUUGACGGACUGGAUGUUAAAGGGAACCACCCUCAUUUGAAUUGGCACUAUAAUACUGUUAAUAAUGUUAUGAAUGGUAGUUUACACAGAAAGUUUAUUUGACAAUUGACAAGUUCCAUGUCCUAGAAGCAGCUGAGGGACAUACAGAGGACAUUGUUUUACAACUCUGUGUUGUUCCCCUUGAUCACAAGUGAGUUCUUGCACACCUUUUCAGACAUGAAAAGGUCUGGCAGGAGUGUGGUGACAGCUGCAUCCUCUGGACAUGACCAAAUCCAGCUAUCUGGUCAGAGCUGGUUAAAGCAUGUUGGUAACAACCAAAAUAAUUCAGCCAAAUUCUUAGCAUGUUUUCAAUUCGAAUUUCUCUUAUUGUAUUCAUUUAUGGUUCAAAAAUUCACAGGUUAUUUUUAUUGUUCCAUAUUGUCAAUAAUUUUGAUGUUUAUGUAUUUAAUGUUUGGCAGUGUCACCAAUACUGAGUUGGCUGGCAUAUGGACUAGGCCUAAUUUAAAUGACUAGACUGAAGAGAAAGAGCAUCAUCAUGUUACUCCUCCAUUACACAAAUCGCAUCAAACUGACAGUUGUUUUCAAGCUAUCUUUAAAGAGUGAUUUCCCACGUAUUAUUUUUCUUUCCGUCACAUUAUCCGUCUAUUUAGCCUUAUUCACACCACGGUGAUAACGAACGACGUCCUUCUGGAAGGUCGCGUUUUGGCACUUGGAGAUUUUCUUUGAACUUUUUUCCGCCUCAGCUGUGAACCAAUAAACCUCUGGAGACCGGUUCUAUAUAAAAAGAGCGCUACAGAAUCUCCUGCGCACAACACUGGUCGUUCACCUGGAUAUCGGCGUCACUGACCCGGGACCUUUGCAAUAUGGAUGUAGUACCAGCUGAAAUAAUAACUGAGUGGGCACCCAGUCAUUUCGGAGAAGAACAAGCCAGCUCUCCAGAGUCCUCUCUGGACUCCAUGUGCUCUUCACCGGAGAUGAGCUGUCCAAGCGGAUCUCCGGACACAGACUUUUCAUUUGGUUACUGUGGACGAAGGAUGACUAACGCAACGCAGAGGCAGAGCAAGUCAAAGAUGUCCACCAAGAGGCGCAUGAAGGCCAGCGAGAGGGAGAAGUUGCGCAUGAGGAGCCUGGCGGAGGCCCUGCACCAGCUCCGAGAUUACUUGCCUCCGGAUUAUACCAAGAGAGGACAACCACUCACCAAAAUACAGACCCUCAAA